AAAUGAACCCUCCUACCGCAGGGGACAGCGCUGGUUGGCGGAGACAGGCCGCGACCACACAGCUGUGAGGGGAGGGGGGCGUGGGGGGGCCGUCGCGUUGGAAACGGCGGGAUCGCCGUUGCAAUCCUCCCUCCCUCCCCCCGCAGUCGGGAAGCCCCCGCGUGGCGGUGAGAGGGGCCGGGGGUGCGCGUGGGUCCCUUCCGAGCACCCCGAGGGGGCCCCGCGGCCUGGGGGCUUCGCGGCACCGGCGCCGCCGUUCCCGGGGACACUGGGGGCACCGGGUGACGCCGGUGGGAGAGGGCACCGCUCCCUCUGCCCUUUCCCCGGCCCUGGGUGAGGGGGAGUCCUGCGGCCCGAAGCUUCCAGCUGGUGGUUUCAGGAGCUGGGAUGAAAUAGUGGCGUGAGGACCCCGCGCCUUAACAUAAAAAGGAAGGUGGCUGCAAUCGAUGGUGUUGUGCGCCUCUGGCUGUUCCUUAUGGCAGCCACGGACCCCCAGGUCCUGGCCUUGGCUGCUCAGAUCACUGAGAGCACAGAACAGGACAUCCCCCUGCUGCUGCUGAAGUUAAAGGGAAUUUUAAGUAGUCCUUCCUUAGGAUGUGAAGAAUCAAAUAAAAUUAAGCAAGAUCUGUAUGAUUAUGGUCUUACUCAGUACUGCUUGCUGGUCCUUAAGCGAGACCACUCUCAGCUGCAUGGAUCCUGGGCUACUGCUGCCCAGCUAGCAGAGAUACUAAGCCAUUGUUGUGUAGGGCUAGAAGUGAAAGAAGAUUCUGAGGAAUUUUACAAGAAGUUUCUUCCUUCAGCUAUAGACAGCCUGCUGGUUUUGGGAAAACGCUUGCAAGCACGAUUUAUCCGAGCAAUCAAGGAUAGAGAAAAACAAGACUUUUUACAUUGGUUCCAAGUAGUAACUGAUGCCAUCUGCUGGCUGUUCGGUGGGCAUAUUCAACUAGCAGCAUGUGUACUACAAAAUGAUCGCUUCCUGCAGUUGUUAAUAACAGAUGAUGUUGAAACAGCAAUUAUAAUGAUGUCUGUGUUACACAAUAUUUUGAGGAUCAAUAGUUCUGUCUUGCUUCAAGUUGAAGAAGAGACCCUUCACUCUGUUUUGGAUGAACUUGUUUAUAAGCUUUCCUCUACCACCAAUCCUGCUGUAGGAAGUGCUGCCACAAAACUGCUGUUGUUGGUGGCAAAAUUUUGCAAACAGCUUGUGCAGUUAUUCACAGCUCGCUACAAAGGAUUAAAAGGGCUUUUAAGUAAACAGUGGACUGGCAAAGGAUUUGACAGGGAGGUCAAUCAACUCUUGGACCUGCUGUAUUUGGAACAAACCAGUGGAAAAGGAGAAAUGCAGAAGCAGCAUCAAGCAGCUUGUAUAAUUCAGGCAGCAUGGCGGGGAUUUCAGACAAGGAAAAGGCUGAAAAAACUACCCCAAGCAGUGAUCACUUUACAGAGAAGCUUCAGAGCUAAAAGGGAACAGGAGCUGCAGCAUUUAACGAAACAGAAGGAAGAUGAAGCUCUAAAACUGCAAAUGCAACUUCAGAGACAGAGGGCUAUGAGACUCUUCCAUGAACGACAGCUGGCCUUACUGGAAGUUGUCCAUGCCAGUCAGGUGAAUAAAUACAUGCAGGAAAUGGAGGAGAAGUCAGCAUUAACUAUCCAGAGAUUCUGGCGAGGGCAUAGAGCAAGAAGAAUUUUUCAUCAGCAGAAACAAUCUCUUAAGGAAUAUAAGGCAGCUAUCAUCAUCCAGAGAGCAGCUUGUAAAUUCUUGGAGAAAAGAAGAAGGAGGAGACCUCUCUCUCCUUGGAAAGGACCCAAGGGACUGACUGAUGAGCAGAGACUAGCUUUGCAGCAGAAGGUGGAUGACUACAUCAAAUUGCAUCCGGCUUCCCAAAUGUCAGAAGAAACGAGUAAAGAAUUGCAUAUGCAGGCUCAGACAAAGUUGGCACAGUUCCUGUUGAGGAGCAGGCUGGAUCAGAGAGCAGCACAGCGGAGAGAGGCUUUACUGGCUCAGGUCAACACCGAUGUGGAGCUGCUAAUGAAUGCUCCAGAUUUAGCAGAGACCACAGAAAAAGACAUUGGUACCUUUAUGAGUCGAUCAAUCCCUGUAGCUACCAAGGCAAGACAGACCCACAACACUAUGCUAAAAUACUCUCGCUUGCCAUGGUGGAGGAAGCUUGGAGAUGAGUUUACAGAGGAUGAUGUAAUUCCUGACGAUGCCAUAAACACAGAACUGGAAACUCUUUUUAUUGGAGGAAGGAAAUCCUUUUAGGUAACAAGCACAAGAAUUUUCACAUUCAACCAGACUAAUAUCUAAGACUAUGCACUCACUUGUGUAUGUUUCUAAGGAAGGAAAGCAUAUUAAAAAGACUGAAAAAGACCAAGGCCUUAUUUUAGUGCAUUUUAUCUAGUAAGAAUCCCUUCCUGUACAUCAACAGUUGGAUGCUAUUGAUUGUGGUGUUUCAAAUAGGAUUUAAAUACUGCAAUUGUAAAUUAAGGUAUUUUGUAAUUUGUAUCACUUUAAAAAUAAGUUCAUGACCUUUGACUUUUCAGUUCUUAUUCACACUGAGAUGCAUAAAGAAUCUGGCCAUUGUAAAAGCCUGGGAUUUUAUAGCAAAACAUUUUAUCAGGUAAUGUGCUUUGAAAUAAAGAUGUGUCCUGGACAAACCAAGACACCAAUAGGAAAUUUUGAAAAUGCGAGGAAGGCUGGGUGCUUUCUCUGUAUUCCUCCCAGACUACCUGUCCUUGCAUCUACCUUCCGUAGGUUUUCUUUUGUUUGAGUUUGUCCAGGAGCUCUUUGUUCAUCCAUGAA